AUGGAGGUAAUCUACAGCCCGGGCGAACACGAAGAUCCAAGGCCAGGCCGCGAGGGCCUCCCACCCCGCGCAUGGGUCGACCGGACCGACGCACAGCAGCUGAGCCUGAAUGGCGACUGGCGCUUCAGGCUGUCUCCUACGGCUGCUGUUCCAGGCGGCGAUGAGUUUGCCAAGGUCGACUUUGACGACGGCGCCAAGCAGUGGAGCGACCUGCCUGUGCCGAGUCACUGGGUCCUGCAUGGGCAUGGCAACCCCGCGUAUGUCAACAUCCCGUAUCCGUUCCCAGUCGACCCGCCGUUUGUCCCGACCGAGAACCCCACAGGCGACUAUCGGUAUGCGUUUGACCUGCCCAAGGACUGGAGCCUGGGUGAUGGCAAGACUGUCCUUCGCUUCGACGGCGUGGAUUCGUGGUGCAAAGUCUGGGUCAACGGGACGCUCCUCGGCACGUCGAGCGGCAGCCGCGUCCCUGUCGAGUUUGAUGCGUCGGCAGCUUUGCUAGCGGGCAGCAAUGUCCUCGCAGUUCGUGUGCAUCAGUGGUCGGCGGGCAGCUACCUCGAAGACCAAGACCAGUGGUGGAUGCCUGGCAUCUUUCGCGAUGUCACCCUCCUGCAUCGGCCUGAAGGGUCUGUCGUCGACCACUUUGUGCACGUCGAGUAUGAUCACAAGACUGGCGGUGCGACUCUCAAGGUGGAUGCGAAGCCGUCGGGGCGGGUCGUUAUUCCGGAGCUCGGCAUCGAUGCGCCGACGGGCGAGCUGCUGCACCUAGCCCACGUCGAGCCAUGGACGGCGGAAACACCGCGCCUGUACACCGGUCACCUCGUCACGGCCGGCGAGCGUGUGCCAUUGCACGUCGGCUUCCGCACCGUCGCAGUCGAGGACGGCGUAAUCAAAGUCAACGGCAAACGCAUCCUGUUCCGUGGCGUCAACCGACACGAGUUCCACCCCGACACUGGAAGAGCAGUCACGCGCGAGACAAUGCUGCAAGACGUCUUGUUGAUGAAGCGGCACAACAUGAAUGCGGUUCGAACCAGCCACUACCCGCCCCACCCGCACUUCCUCGACCUAUGCGACGAGUAUGGCCUGUGGGUGAUUGACGAGAACGACUAUGAGACGCAUGGCUUCGAGCAGCUCGACUGGGCGGGCAAUCCGUCAUCGACCCCCCUGUGGAAGGACGCGCUGCUCGACCGUGUCGGCCGCAUGGUGGAGCGUGACAAGAACCACCCGUCCAUUAUCAUCUGGUCGCUGGGCAACGAGGCUGGGCCCGGCGAGAAUAUCGGCCACAUGGCCAGCUGGAUCCGACAGCGCGACUCGUCACGCCUGAUUCACUACGAGGGCGACAAGACGUGCAAGUACGUCGACAUGUACUCGCGCAUGUAUGUCACCCACGCCGAGGUGGAUGCGCUCGGACGGAGGGAGGAGGACCCUCUCGACGACCCCGAGCUGGACAAGAAACGGCGCGCGAUGCCGUUCAUCCUGUGCGAGUACAUCCACGCCAUGGGGAAUGGGCCCGGCGGGCAGGCAGAGUACCAGCGCCUCUUUGAAAAGUAUCCCCGCUGCCAGGGAGGCUUCGUCUGGGAGUGGAUCGAUCACUGCUUUAUCAAGCCGACCACCGACGGGCGCAAGUACUGGGCCUACGGUGGCGACUUUGGAGAAGAGAUUCACGACGGCAACUUUAUUGUCGAUGGGCUGCUGUUCCCCGACCGGACGCCGAGCCCCGGGUUGAUCGAGUACAAGAAGGUGAUCGAGCCUGUUGCCAUCACACGGGCGGAUAGCCGGCGCGUGUCGAUUCACAACAACCGCGACUUUGCAAGCCUCGACGACUUGGCGUUCACGUACCGGCUCGAGCGAGAUGGGCGAGGCGUGGCUGGGGGACCUUUGGCGGUUCCAUCUGUCGCUGCUGGCCAUACCGUGACUGUUCCACUGCCCGACGUGGCCCUCUCACACAGCGGUGAGCGGAUCUGGACCAUCACGGCGGUGCUGGCUGCGGACACCAAGUGGGCCAAAGCAGGGCACGAGAUCGCAUGGGGCCAGUUCCCCGCAGCGGAGACGUCUCCACCAGUCGUUGCAACAUCGUCGUCCGCACCAGUCUUUGACAGCGCCACCGGCGUCGUUACCCUCGGCCCAGCCCAGUUUAGCACCACUACUGGCCAGCUGACCCGCCUUGGACGCCUUCCCGUGACCAGCCUGCAGCUCGACAUUUGGCGCGCGACGACAGACAACGACCGCGGCCAGGAGUACUUUGAGGGCAUUUGCUGGGCCGACGUGUGGCGCGAGGCCAACCUUGACAAGGUCAAGCACCGUGUCAAACGCGUCGGUAUUCAAGGCAAUGCCUUUGUUGUCGAGACGCGUGCGGCGGCGGGGUCAUGGAAUCGCGGCCUGGUCACGACGUACACCUGGACGGCGGAGGGCGGCGGGGUGCGCCUCACUGUCAAGGUGGUGCCGGACGGCGACUGGGGUGACAUGAUCUUGCCCCGGCUUGGUGUGCGUGUCGGUCUGCCAGCGUCGCUCAGCCGCGCGUCGUGGUACGGCUAUGGACCAGGCGAGGCGUACCCCGACACGCGUAGCGGGGUCAAGCUCGGCCAGUACGGCCUGUCCAUCGACGACCUCCAGACGCCGUAUGUCUUCCCGCAGGAGAAUGGUAGCCGCAUCGACGUGCGGUGGGCCGAUUUCGCCGGGUCUGAGGGCGGGCUCCGCGUUGAAGGGGUACCGCACUUUGCAUUCACGGCCCGCCGGUGGACAACAGAGCAGCUUCAGGCUGCUCGCCAUACCACAGACCUCGUGCCCGGCGACAAUGUGUGGCUCAACAUUGAUCACGCCGUCAACGGCAUCGGCACCGCGUCGUGUGGUGAAGGAGUGCUGCCAGAGUACAAGCUCCGUGUCUCCGAGACCGAGUUUAGCGUCUUGCUCCGUCCAACGUAG